UUGGCCCAGCACGAAGUACGGAAAAUAGUAGGCAUUCACUUUACGAAUUUGAACUGGAAAAGAUAUAUUUUUCUAGGUAAAGAUUUAAGUAGAUCACCCCUAUGGGCAAUCAAGAAUGAAAACAGCCCCGGAACACUUCCCCCCCAGGAACUGGCUUCGCUCGGGUAUUUGCUUUCAGGGGAAAAUUGGUCCGGCAUACUUAUUCAAAUUUCUCCCAGCAAAUCAUAGUGGCCUACAGCCUACGCCUUCUCCGUUCAUUGGCCAACUGGAAACUUCAACCCCUCCUUUGCCUCCCGCCCCUCAUCCAGGAACCAACAGGAAAGAUUAGCGGUUUGCAAUCUAGUGUCAUCAAAUACUGUAAUUGCAAUUGGCUAUCACAGCUGCCCAUCGAGGAGUAGGCGGGGCCAUACCAGCCGGUCUAUAUAAGAAGAAGACAAAGGCGGCGCGCUGCCUGUGUCAUCCGCCAUUUUGUGAGAAGCAAGGUGGCCUCCACGUUCCCUGAGCGUCUUCUUCGCUUCUGCCUCGACCGCCCCUUGACCACAGACAUGUCUCGGGAUCGGUUUCGGAGUCGCGGCGGUGGCGGUGGCGGCUUCCAUCGGCGCGGAGGAGGCGGCGGCCGCGGUGGCCUCCACGACUUCCGCUCACCGCCGCCCGGCAUGGGCCUCAGUCAGAAUCGGGGCCCCCUGGGUCCCGGCCCCGGGCAGGGCGGCCCGAAGCCUCCGAUCCCGCCACCGCCUCCGCACCAACAGCAGCAGCAGCAGCCACCGCCACAGCAGCCUCCGCCACAGCAGCCGCCACCACAUCAGCCGCCGCCGCACCCGCAGCCGCAUCAGCAGCAGCCACCGCCGCCGCCGCAGGACUCGUCCAAGCCCGUCGUUCCUCAGGGACCCGGCCCCGCUCCGGUCGUAAGCAGCGCGCCGCCGGCUUCCAGCUCGGCCCCGCCUGCCACUCCCCCGACCUCCGGGGCCCCGCCAGGGCCCGGGCCAGGCCCUACCCCGACCCCGCCGCCCACCGUCACCUCUGCUCCCUCGGGCCCGCCUCCACCGGCCCCGCCGAGCGGCGGGGUCCCGACCACUCCCCCGCAGGCCGGGGGCCCGCCGCCUCCGCCCGCCGGGGGUCCGGGCCCGGGCCCGGGACCUAAGCAGGGCCCAGGCCCCGGCGGCCCCAAGGGCGGCAAAAUGCCUGGCGGGCCGAAGCCCGGAGGCGGUCCCGGCCUGAGCACGCCCGGCGGCCACCCCAAGCCGCCGCACCGAGGCGGCGGGGAGCCCCGGGGAGGCCGUCAGCAUCACCCGCCCUACCACCAGCAGCACCACCAGGGGCCUCCGCCCGGCGGGCCCGGCGGCCGCAGCGAGGAGAAGAUCUCGGACUCGGAGGGGUUUAAAGCCAACUUGUCUCUCUUGAGGAGGCCUGGAGAGAAAACUUACACACAGCGCUGUCGUUUGUUUGUUGGGAAUCUACCUGCUGAUAUCACAGAGGAUGAAUUCAAAAGACUAUUUGCUAAAUACGGAGAACCGGGAGAAGUUUUUAUAAACAAAGGCAAAGGAUUUGGAUUUAUUAAACUCGAGUCUAGAGCCUUGGCUGAAAUUGCCAAAGCUGAACUUGAUGACACGCCCAUGAGAGGUAGACAGCUUCGAGUUCGUUUUGCCACACAUGCUGCUGCCCUUUCUGUUCGUAAUCUUUCACCUUACGUUUCCAAUGAACUGUUGGAAGAAGCUUUUAGCCAAUUUGGUCCUAUUGAAAGGGCUGUUGUAAUUGUGGAUGAUCGUGGAAGAUCUACAGGGAAAGGCAUUGUUGAAUUUGCUUCUAAACCAGCAGCAAGGAAAGCAUUUGAACGGUGCAGUGAAGGUGUUUUCUUACUAACAACAACUCCUCGUCCGGUUAUUGUGGAACCACUUGAACAAUUAGAUGAUGAAGAUGGUCUUCCUGAAAAACUUGCACAGAAGAAUCCAAUGUAUCAAAAGGAGAGAGAAACUCCUCCUCGUUUUGCCCAGCAUGGCACAUUUGAGUAUGAGUAUUCUCAGCGAUGGAAGUCCUUGGAUGAAAUGGAAAAACAGCAAAGGGAACAAGUUGAAAAAAAUAUGAAGGAUGCAAAAGACAAAUUGGAAAGUGAAAUGGAAGAUGCUUACCAUGAACAUCAGGCAAAUCUUUUGCGCCAAGAUCUGAUGAGACGGCAGGAAGAAUUAAGACGCAUGGAAGAACUUCAUAAUCAAGAAAUGCAGAAACGUAAAGAAAUGCAAUUGAGGCAAGAAGAGGAACGACGUAGAAGGGAGGAAGAGAUGAUGAUUCGUCAACGUGAGAUGGAAGAACAAAUGAGGCGCCAAAGAGAGGAAAGUUACAGUCGAAUGGGCUACAUGGAUCCAAGAGAAAGAGACAUGAGAAUGGGUGCUGGAGGAACAAUGAACAUGGGAGAUCCCUAUGGUUCAGGAGGCCAGAAAUUUCCACCUCUAGGUGGUGGUGGUGGCAUAGGUUAUGAAGCUAAUCCUGGAGUUCCACCAGCAACUAUGAGUGGUUCCAUGAUGGGAAGCGACAUGCGUACUGAGCGCUUUGGGCAGGGAGGUGCGGGGCCUGUGGGUGGACAGGGUCCUAGAGGAAUGGGGCCUGGAACUCCAGCAGGAUAUGGUAGAGGGAGAGAAGAGUAUGAAGGCCCAAACAAAAAACCCCGAUUUUAGAUGUGAUACCUAGGCUUCAUUCCAGUUUGUUUUUGUCUUUUCUUGUUUAGAUACCUAUCUUUUAAAUUCUUGCAUUUUAGUAAGAAAGCUACCUUUUUAUGGAUGUUAGCAGUUUAUUGACCUGAUAUUUGUAAAUGGUCUGUUUGGGCAGGUAAAAUUAUGUAAUGCAGUGUUUGAAACAGGAGAAUUUUUUUCCUUUUUAUUUCCUUUUUUUUUUUUUUUUUAACUGUAUAAUGUCCCUCAAGUUAUGGCAGUUGUACCUUGUGCCACUGAAUUUCCAAAGUGUACCAUUUUUUUUUUUUUUACUGUGCUUCAAAUAAAUAGAAAAAUAGUUCUAAUAUUGAUCUUCAAGUUAUAAUAUUGAUCUUCAACUUUGCCAUUCAUGCUUCUAUGCACAUUAGGCUAGGUAUUCCACUUUGAAAGCAUGAGAAUGUCUAGGCCUUUGAAUGGCAUAUGCCAUUUCUGGGAAAUGUAUCUGGAGGCUAAAUACUGCUUUCCACAAAUAACUAUUCCCCCUUGUUUUAAAAAAAGAAGGAAUGCACAUUGAAGUAGUGUUAUCAUUUGUUUGGCAUUAUAGGAAGCAAGCUGGUGCUAAGUAUUUUUAAUGGUUAUGUAAGCAAAGCUGAACUGUAAAUCUUCAUUCAGGAAUAUGUAUUAAGAUUAUGGAAUGGGUGUAAGACUUGUAGGGGGUGAAAGUGGAUUUGGUUAAAUGGAUAUUUUAUGGCCCUAUGCUCUAUCCUUUCCUUGAAAGUUUUUGAAAAGUGGAAAGAACAUUUUGUUGCAUUUCCCCAUUUCUUGUUUUUAAAAGAACAAAUCCCAAGCCCUACAAAUGGCUUGUAUUGAACUUUUACAUUUGAAUUAAAGAUUGUUAAACAUGAAGCCUUUUCAUGUAUUACUUCAAGUGAUUUAUAAAGGUGGGGUUUAGUUUGAAAAAUCAAACUUUAAAAUACGGUUUAGUCACCAUGAAGUAGGUUUAGCUGUAUUAUAUAUACAUUGUGCUCUGCAACUUUUACAUCUCCUUGUGCUACUUCUGUUAGGCAAAAUGUGUAGGACUAUAAAAAUCUAUUGGUUCUCUUUUCUAAGAGCUAGUGGUGACUGUUAAUAACAAAUAGGUUUGCAGAUAACCAUUGUUAUAAAUUUGUUAACUUGUUUUUACAUAGUUUCCUUUUGAUGUAGCACUAAAUCUGGAGAGAGUUGCUCAUGCUACGCAGUACAAAUAUCCCUUAUUCGCAACAUAAAGCUUUGGAAUGUUUCGAUGGUGUUGUCAGUUAAUUGUCAACUUCAUUGAAUUUCCAUUAGAACAAAAGAGACUUUCUGACUAUUAAAGUAGAUGGUUUACUCUUGCCUGUGAGUUCAGUAGGAGCCUGAUUUCCCAGUGUAAAUAUGUUAGGGGAACAACUUCCUAACAGUAGGUAAAGUAAUUGAGUGGUUUGGCCUGGUUCUUAGGUAUGUUCCAUUCAAAUCUACAUUAUAUAGAACUCUUACUAUGGAAUGUGUCUUCCUCCUUUCACCUCUGUUCUUGGUGCUAAUUGGCAAAAGAAAAAUUCUCAAUCAAACCUUUGUUAAUAUGCUGAAGGUUUAUAGUAUUGUGCCUGAGUACAAAAGGGAAUCUAUUGUUGAAACAACUGAGCACUUUCUGCAUAGGAAACAGGGUAAUACACUAGUACUCUAUUAGAGUAUAAAGGCAUCUCUCCAAAUUCUGGUUGUAUGACUGAUAGGUACAUGGUGUGCUAUAAUUAAGGGAGAGAAUAUCAUCAGAAAAUAUGCUUAUUAUUUCUGUCCACCAACACACUCGGAAUAAGUAGUUCUGCCUUCAUUUACCAUAAUUAUAUCAAUGAGGCGGUUUUAUCCCAAGUCAUUAAAUUGGUGAUACAAGAGAUUUUCUGUAUGGAAACAGGUCUUGAUUUGAAAGGAGUCCAUGAUAGUUUGGUUGAAUUGUACAGUAGGGACUCUACUAAUGACAAAAUAAGGGGUGUUCAUGGGACACCCACAGAGGGUGAAUUUGAAUUGUGGGUGGGUGGGGGCUGGUGGGGAAAUGGGAAAAUCUGCCUAUAAAAUUAAUGUUUCAGUUUAUUUUUCAGAUUACAUGCCUUUCUUUAUAAGGGAUGCUGGCACAGACCCCUAAAAUAAGCUUUUGGUAGAUUGUACCUUUGAAGAGUGGUGAAAGAUGCUAAUGGAUAAUUUCCUGAAAGUUGUGGCUUUUGUUACCCUUGUGGGCUAUAUAGAAUUGCUAAACGUUGUUUAGCAAAUAAUGUUGCUUAGUUUUCAAAUGACAUUUGACUUAUCAGUUACCAAGGGUUGUAUGUAAGCUUACUCAAAUAGACUUUCAGUAAGUCUUGCAAUGUAUAUGAUACUUAGCUUAAUGUGAAUUUAAAUCAUCUUAAUAAAGUAGUUUCCUAAAAGUUGAUAUGAAACUUGGGGUGGGAAAGGGAAGGCAAUAAUUUUGAAGUACUUUAGCCAUUUUUCUCAUUCAAAGAAAACCACUUACCCCAUUUCCUCUUCUCUUUCUCUCAUUUUUUUUUAAGAGGAACACUGGUUGUUUUUAAACUUGUUUCCUAAUCUUUAAUAAAAACUGCAUUCUCCAAAACCACCUCAGUGUAUUUAAUAGGUAUCUUAUAAGCUUAAACCCACUAGCUCAACAUUACUUAGUGAAACCAUAAUCCUCUUUGUUAGAACAUUGAUUAUACUCCUGAGAAGUACUAUGAACACCACCACUCUUUAUAGAUGUAUUAUACAACUAAUAUAAACAGAUAGCAAUUUGGGAAAUUGUAAUGUUACGCCUGUGCAAUUUUUGUAAGUGGCAUAUUAUGGCAGAUAAAAAUUUAGAUACUUGGCUUUUCUUGGGCAAGCCACGAAGUUGUGGCGGAAUGUUUUCUGGUAUUCUUGGACUGCAAUUGUGCACUAUUAAAGUAGUGGCCUGCUACAUAACUACAUUUAGCCAGCAUUUCUGCAGUGCGUAACUGUGAGGAACGUAGUACCGCAAAUGGCAAUGGACAUUAGGACCCGGAUGUAGUAUUCCUGCUUGCUCCAAGAUUCUCAUUGCCGACUGCAUACAGGUAGGUAACAAGCAAUAUAAUCUAACUUGGUGACUUGCUAUGUACUUUUAUUCCGUGGGCAUUCUGACAUCACACUUCUGACAAUGAAAUUACAGUGCAGCACCAAAACUUGUAUGGUGAAGUUAGCUUAUCAAAACUGCGUGGGCUUGGGGUUAGAGCUGUAAUUUGUUAGGCAGAAUUCAGUGCUGUUGCAGUUCUCAUAUAAAAAGUGCAAACUUGACUCUGGUAUAUCUGACUCAGUUGUGUGGUUUUCUUUAGUUGCACUGUAACUGAAGAUGACAUGAAAAACAUCAGUGGUGUGGGGGAUGAGGGAACCAAACCAUACUUGGGAACUAGAGUGCUUUUAGCACUUUGACAUGGACUGUGUAUGUAGCAUGUGAUAAUUAGUAUCUAUUGUAGCAAACUGACCUGCCCAGAGGUUGGCAAUAUCAAUAAUUUCAUUAUGCAAUCUUGGUAAUUCUGCAAGUUGAGUGAAUUAAGACUAAAAAGUACAGAUUUUUUUUGUAAUGUGAUAACUUUUUUUUAAAAAAAAACAUGGGCUCCAUGGAAACACCUUUGCUACUAACUUGGGCUUAGAUGGGAAUCUAAUGUGAAUAGUUCAAGUUAUGUGACUUGUCUAAAUAUGUCUAUACUCUAAAUCUGGGGGAAGUUGGUGUGGAAGAUUGGCUUGCCUACAGUUGAAUACGUGUUGGGAAUCAUUCCCAAUCAUAAGAUUCGUCGUAUUCUGUAGGAUCACUGCAUAUGUUCAGAGUAGCAUUUUGAAUUUGGCUCCCUUAGCUUUAGGGAUAUGUUACAGUACACAGUGUUUUGUAAGAAAACGUAAGUCUUCAAAAGCACCUUCUUUUGUUGCUUAGGACUUAACCUUUGCAUUACUUGUUCCAGACCUCAAUCCAACUUAACUUUGGUCUCUGAAUUGGUUCUUAGCUAGUGUGCAUGAGAAAUAGCUUUCAUGUAAAUGCUUUCUGCUUUGUAACUUGAAAGUUGGGCUUAUUUUGCAUAAAUACCGGUGAAACUCUUCCUGACUGAGAAUUUUCUUGCAUUGUAUCAAGAAAAAUAGCUUACUCUUUGGCAAGCAGUUCAUAAGGUGGGGACAGAUUUGUACUUUAUGUAGUCCAUUAAAGCCAACAACUUUUGACUCUCCUAGACUCUUGGUAGAUGAAACAGCAAAUGAUAACUAGUUUAGCUCUCCUAUGUUUAUAAUAUGCAAAUCAAACAUAAUGCCGAGUACUAGUGACAUUGAGUAUCACUAAAUUGCAUGGAACCCUGAUGGGGGUUUUCUAUGUCGUAAUCCAUUAAAUCGGUGGCCAAUGCUUGCUACCGGGGGUUUAGUGUUUGGACAUUUAGAAACAAAAGCUCAGGCUUAUUUCUUACCAGUCAGCAACAAUUUUCAGAGAUUGUACUUAGUAUAAUGUAUGGACUAAAGGAACAUCAUGGGGUUGGGGGGCUAAUUUUGCUUUAUUCUGCUCACUUCAAGAUGAUUAGUCUUUUGCACUUGGGAAUGAGAAAUUUGUGACUUAAGUCUUACUAGUUUAUAUGUAGCUAAAAAUUGUGAAUCUUAGUACAAGUGAGUUUUUUAAGAAGUACUCAGUCCAAAAGCUGGGAAUUUCAGUGGCUUUCAGUAAUGCUAUGCCGAGGUGCUUGCAUUGUAUUUCAUAAUCUUUUCCUGCUACAAACCAAAAUUCUUUUUAAUGACACAAAGUUUUGAGUUCAGAGUUGUGAUGCCAGAAUGCAUUUUCGUACUGUUAGGCCCUUGGAACAGAUACCGGUGCUUUCUCAAAGAUGAAAGAAAUGCAAUGGGUGCUCUUCAUGCAAGGUUGCAAACCUACAAAGAAUGCAUAGCAGUCUCACUUCCCCAAUGAAGAGAUGCGUGUGAUUAGUUUUGGACUUUUAAUCUUAAUGGGGGUUGCAUGUCUCCUAUUGUUAAUCAUUGUCAGCUGCAGUGACAUGAUUCACAGUCCUGCAUUUACUGCCUUUCCCUGAAAGAUUUUGGACAGGUUUUAGAGAGCCAGGAUGCUUGUUCUGGGCCUUCAUUUGGUUUUGGCUUUAGCUGAUAAUGUUUCAGUGCUGUCAGCUAGUGCAGUUCUCAAAUGGCUGCCUAUUAGGGAAAUAAUUCAGAGGAUUUGACUGCUCCUAAUCAUCUGUCAUUGCUGCUAGAUAAUGAUUGGCAAUUUUUAAGACUCAAUUGUGGAAAUCUCAACAGUUGGUGGUAAACCAUCAGCCAUAAAACAUUGCUUUUGAACACCAGUGCUGAAAAGAUUUUUUUUUUUUUGAGAGUGAAAAAAGGGGCUGGAUGCAGAAUAGGAUAAUCUGGAGAAUUUGGGAGGGAAUGCAAAACGAUAUAGUAUCCCUUAUGGAUGGUACAUGUGCAACAGGGAACUCUUAACUCAUAUACCCUUGGCAGUAACGAUACAGGGUGGAAGGAAAACCUACAACUUGAAUUAAGGCUGAUCUUCUGUUUUUGUGCACUGUGGCCCUGCCAGGCAUAUAGAGAAAGUGAAGGUCUUCUCCCUCAGAACAGCUUGGUUCCUUGCUGUCCCAGUUACAGCAUAGCUUUCCUGUCCUGACCUAAAACUUAGUGAGGACUUUGGGGGAAAGAAUGAGAAAAAUAGGAUUGCAGGGUAACUACUGCAGUGUUGUGUACUUUGGGAAGGGAUAGGGAACUCUUGAGGAUUCCUGAUGAAGGUGGCCAGCCCACCUGAGAAUGGAAGACACACUUGAAUAGGGAGCAGAGUAUGUGCUUUUAUAUGAAAACAGAGUUGAUGUUCAAACUCACUUGGUGAGGUAAAUGUUGUCACAUACCUUCACAUAAGGGAUAGUAUAUUUUGGGUUGCAGUCAAACUUCAUUGUGCUCAGACUGGUGAAAAUAGGAGUUAGGCUUUUACAUUUUAAAGAAGAUACAGUUUUCAUUUUAAUUCAGGUGUCUACUUAACUACAUUAUGUAAGAAUAAUUUUAGAUUUUUUUCACCCAUAAAGUUUCUUCCUAUUUUUUUAAGCUGUAACUUACCCCCAAUCUGUCUCUGGAAUUUUACUCUUUAAAUUUUGAAGUUGACUAGCAUUUUCAGACCUUUAUUUUAUACCCUUGUCUUAUAUAUUAACUUUUUCUUAUUAUUCUUUAGGUAAGAAUGAUUGAUGUUGGCUGAUACUGGAGUGCUCAUUCACUUGAAGUGGAUAGUUAUUUUCAAGACAUCAGACAGCAUGAGCCAAGAAGGAAAUCUACAAGUUGUUAGACUGACAAAGUAUCUAGGAUAAGGUGAGCUGUGUCCGGAAAACCAGUAAUGAGGAGUCUAAGGAAGAAUGAACAACAAAUUUGUCAUUAAUAAAGACAUUAUCCUAAUUA